AGGCUUACGACAUUGCAUCAUUCUCUCUCUCUCUCUCGCUUCUGGCUUCGUUUUCUGCGCCAAAAUUCACACUUCCCACAGAAGCUCCACUUUGCUGCAAGCAAGAACUCUGCCUCCUGCACACAGUACGUAACAGUACAGUUCAAUCUCUCUCUCUCUCUCUCUCUCUCUCUCGCUCUCUCCCUCCGUGUGCCUGCUUGAUCACCGCCGCCAUGAUCACGUGGCACGACCUCUACACGGUGCUGGCCGCGGUGGUGCCGCUCUACGUGGCGAUGAUCCUGGCCUACGGCUCCGUGCGGUGGUGGAGGAUCUUCUCCCCCGACCAGUGCUCCGGCAUCAACCGCUUCGUCGCCAUCUUCGCCGUCCCACUCCUCUCCUUCCACUUCAUCUCCACCAACAACCCGUACGCCAUGAACCUCCGCUUCAUCGCCGCCGACACCCUCCAGAAGCUCAUCCUCCUCCUCCUCCUCGCCCUCUGGGCCAACCUCUCCGCCCGCGGAUCCUUGGAUUGGUCCAUCACCGUGUUCUCCCUCUCCACCCUCCCCAACACCCUCGUCAUGGGCAUCCCUCUCCUCAGAGCCAUGUACGGCGACGACGCCGGCAGCCUCAUGGUCCAGGUGGUCGUGCUGCAGUGCAUAAUCUGGUACACCCUCCUCCUCUUCCUCUUCGAGUACCGGGGCGCGAAGAUCCUCAUCAUGGAGCAGUUCCCCGAGACCGCCGCGUCCAUCGUGUCGUUCAAUGUCGACCCGGACGUCGUCUCGCUCGACAGCCGGAACCUCCUCGAGACCGAUGCGGAGGUCGGCGACGACGGGAAGCUGCAUGUCACCGUGAGGAAGUCGAACGCGUCGAGGCGGUCCUUCGGCCUGGGGCUCGGCGGCGGCUCGUUCUCGGGGAUGACGCCGAGGCCUUCGAACCUCAGCGGAGUGGAGAUCUACAGCGUGAGCUCGUCACGGAACAUGACUCCGAGGGGGUCCAACUUCAACAACUCGGACUUCUACUCCAUCAUGGGCGUGCCUCGGCUCUCCAACUUUGGACCCUCGGACGUGUACUCGGUGCAGUCCUCCCGCGGCCCGACCCCGAGGCCGUCGAACUUUGAGGAGAACUCCCUGCCGUCCCCGAGGUUCGGGUUCUACCCAGCCCAGGUUGCGUCCGCGCCGUACCCGGCUCCGAUCCCCGAUUUUGCGUCCACAUUCGCGAAGAGCAGCAAGCCCAACCACCAACAGCAGCAGCAGCAGCAGCCGCCGCCGCAGGCGCAGCAAUCUCACGGCGUGGUGAAAGCAAACAAUUACGACGCGAAGGAGCUCCACAUGUUCGUGUGGAGCUCCAGCGCUUCGCCGGUUUCGGAAGUAGGCGGGCUCCACGUGUUUGGCAGCGGGGAUUUUGGGGCUCCGGAUAAUCAAUCCGGGCGGUCCGAUCAGAGCGUCAAGGAGAUCCGGAUGAUAGUCGCCGAUAAUAACCAGCCCACCGGCGAAACCAAAAGUGCUCCGGAAACAGCGGGAUUUACCGGGCAAGGUCAGUUCAACUUUGCGGGCAAAGCAGACGAAAGGGACGACGGAAUCGGAGAGGGGGCGGCGGCGGGGCCCGCGCGGCUCAACAAGCUCGGACCGAGCUUCCCCGCCACCGGCGCCGGAGAGCCAGGGUACAGCGACGCCGGGAACAACAAGCAGAUGCCGCCGGCGAGCGUGAUGACCCGCCUCAUCUUGAUCAUGGUGUGGAGGAAGCUGAUCCGGAACCCCAACACCUACUCGAGCCUCAUAGGCCUCGCAUGGUCUUUGAUCGCCUUCCGGUGGGAUGUGGGAAUGCCCAAGAUCGUAGACAAGUCAAUCUCCAUACUGUCCGAUGCUGGGCUGGGAAUGGCCAUGUUCAGCUUAGGUCUGUUCAUGGCUCUUCAGCCUAAGCUAAUUGCGUGCGGGAACUCCGUCGCCACGUUCGCCAUGGCCGUGAGGUUCCUCACUGGCCCGGCCGUGAUGGCCGUCGCCUCCGCCGCCAUCGGAUUGCGCGGCACCCUACUCCAUAUAGCCAUCGUCCAGGCGGCGCUCCCGCAAGGAAUAGUCCCGUUCGUGUUCGCCAAGGAGUACAACGUCCAUCCGGCCAUUCUCAGCACCGCGGUCAUAUUCGGGAUGCUGAUAGCCCUGCCAAUCACGCUUGUCUACUACAUUCUUCUCGGAUUAUAAAAGUUCCCUCCCUAAAUAUUCCGCGCCCCCACCGCCUCCAAGCACAAAGUCACAAAAGGAGGCCAAUCGAGGCAUAAUCCCACACGAUUUGCAAGAUCGACCGACAAGUGGGGGCGAUUCGGGAAGCACUCGUGAGGAUUUCAUGGGAUCGCAUGGGGGGAAGAACGAAGCGACAAAGAUGUGCGGACAUAGGGCCAAUCCCCGGGAAAUUAGGAUUGUGUCUCCAUUAGGGGCCAAUUAGGGUUGGUCCGAAUUGUUCGUUUUUUGCAAGUGUUGAAUUAUUGAAAAAAAGAAAGGAGAGAGAGAGAGAGAGAGACCUAGGUAUAUAUAUAUAUAGCUUAGUCUAAUGUCUAAUGGGGACGACAUUAGGGAGUGGGAAGGAGGUUCUGGAUGGAAAUAUACCCUCAUUAUAUUAUUCCGAUUCCUGAAGUUUCCUCCAUUGAAUAAAUGAAGAAGAUGGACGAGGAAUUUGGCUCGCUCCUCCUCUUUUUUCUUUUU